CGAAAAAGAGAAACUCUGUCAACUAUGGGGGAUCAGCUCAAGCGUGGAGCGAGUGUUAUCGUAAACUCGUAUUCCCAUGAUGUGCCGAAGUGAUCCCUCGUUCGCUGCCCUAAACAAAGUUCUGGCCGCUACUGACCAGAACCCUUUUGCGCCACCGGCUGUCAAUCCCGCUGCAGCUCUGGCUGAAUUCCAAAGACUGCAAAUCUAUGACUACAAUCGUUUAAGAUUUCAUCCUUUUGGACUGCCAUAUGGCUUAGCUGGUACUUUUCCUGACACUGGACAGUAUGGAUUUUCACCAUUUGUCAGGUUCGAUCCCAGAACCGCCCGAUUUGCGACUGAAGAGCCCAAGCCUCAGCACAGCUACAUAGGUCUCAUUGCGAUGGCUAUUCUCAGCUGUCCAGAGAAAAAAAUGGUUUUAUCAGAUAUCUAUCAGUAUAUACUGGAUCAGUACCCGUAUUUCCGGAACAGAGGUCCUGGCUGGAGAAACAGCAUUCGGCAUAAUUUAUCCCUGAAUGACUGUUUUAUUAAAGCUGGACGAAGCGCAAAUGGUAAGGGACAUUAUUGGGCUAUUCAUCCAGCUAAUAUUGAAGAUUUCAAAAAGGGCGAUUUCCGCAGACGAAAAGCGCAGCGUAAAGUCAGAAAACACAUGGGAUUGUCAGUACCUGAUGAUGACGACAGCCCUGCUCCAACACCCCCACCAAGGCCACCACUAGAAGUAACAGCCCCUUUAGUGGAUCCUCAACGACAUCACAAAAUGUUGCAAAGUCCACCACAUCCGGUCAAGCUGACCAUUGCCCGGCAAAAGAGACAGUUUGACAUGGAAAGUAUCCUGGCUCCCGAUCCGUCGCCGUCAACAGACUCACCUAGAUUGACUGAAUGUGAAAGUCCACGCAGGGGCGCAUUCUCUCAUUCACCGGGCUCAGAAAGCCCUAAGGACAUAUUACCACCUAAUUAUUUUCAAGCACCCGGUGUUGCCCCACCAGCACGUAGGGCAAUGCAAUGGACAGUGUCGUUGCCGCUACAGAGUGUUGGGGUACCACAGAGACUAAACACUUUUGGACCUUAUGUGGGGUCAACGCCCUGCUGGUCAUCCGCUGCUUCCUUACUUACUUAUUCUGUAUCAGGACGAGGGGCAAAUUCUUCAGAAGUCAGCCCCUGCUCUUCAACACCCAUGCAAAGUCCUUUAGUUCACCGGUGGCAAGAAUCUAUCAAUAGAGUGAUGGAUGCAGAUAAUAAAUUAGAACACUGAAUAGAAUGACAAGAUAAAGUUUGAGGUAAAUUCAGUUUGAAUUAAAAUUAAUACAAUUUUCUUACGUGGUGGUAAUGUGAACAUUAAAGACAACCUUCAUUUAUUAUUACAUCCGAUUUCAAAGUUAAAUUUAGCAAUAUCCUCAUCUUACUCUUAAAUUACGUGAUAUAAAAAUAAAAUGUGCGUUUUAUAAGUAUCGUUAUCUAAAUUAAAUCAGCAUAAUCUAAUAUAUACAUGUUAUUUUCAUUAUCUGAACUACAUGAUCAGGAUAUAAAAGUAUACAUGUUAUUUUCAUUACUUAAAUCAAAUUUGCCUACAAUAAUCAUAUAACAUGCUGUAUGUUACUGUUGCUAUUGCUAUAUUAAUUAUAUUAACAUAACAUAAAAAUGUAUAUGCAUAGAAUGUUUCAGUAUUUUAAUUAAAUAAGCAUUCAAGGGUAAUUUCAUUGAUUAAAAUUAAUUUAUUUUCCUGUGGUUCGUAAAUUAAAUGAAACAAAACAUGCAUAAUUGACAUAAUAUGUUUUAAUUUAGGCCUAUUUAUUUACUUUUAGGAGUUAAUUUUAAUGCACUAUCUUUGAUCCAGAAUUAAUCAUUGUAAUCAUAAAUACUCUGAAAUAAAAAAUGAUCAUCUGAUAGUUUGCAUUAAAAUUUACGUAAUCUCUCUUUGAUUUCUAAGUUUUGACUAUAAAUUAGUUUUGGUAUAAGCUAGCAACACACGACUAUGCUAUUUUCAUGAACUUAAAAUUCACUACAAUAAUGAAGUUGUUAUAAAAUGAAUGCUAAAAAGAAGUAUGUAUCAAGGUUUUUAUUUUUAAUUUUUCACUAUUUAGAUAGAAUAAGCUUAGCAUAGUUGCCAACUCUGCCGUUUAACCCCUCUAUUUUUUAAACUGCUCUAGUACAUAAAUAUACUCACCUGCCAAUUUUUACAAUUUAUGCAGAAGCAAACAUGAUAACACCACUUAUGAUUCAUUUCUUUUAUUUAAUAUGAAUAGAAAUAGUUUCAUAAGCCAUAACAUUUAAUAUAUUUAAACAUAUGCAUAAGAGAAGCAAUUGACAUGCAGUGAUAUGUUUAACGUGUUCUAGCUAUUGGAAAAUAAAAUAAUGCUACAAAACUUUACAAAUUUAACUAUUGCUCCACUACUACUGGUAAAAAUGCUUUUUUCAAAUAGCUUGAAUUUUUUACGGAAAUGAGUACAUUAUUCAUGUCUUUUACGCAUUUGAAUUAUUUUAGAUGUUGCUACCAUUUUAAAUACCUUUGAAAAAUAGUCUUACGAUAUUGAAUUCAGUUUUCAUAAAAUAGCAAUUUUUCGACAAAUUUAAUUAUAUAUAGCAGCAAACUCACCUAGUUUUCCGAGAGAGUUUCAUAUUUAAGUGGUGUGCAUAGAUAUUUCACUCUUAAUCUAAUAAAACUGAUUUUGAUCAUCAUUUUAAAUAAUUAAUGUAACUGUAUAUAUUGAAGGCUUUAUUAUCAUUUGAUGCAGAAAUUUCUUUAAAUUUUUGAAUUCCACUAGGAAUACUCCACUAAGAAAUGCAAAGUUUAUUUUUAUGAUUAUACGAAAUGAAAUUAGUAUUUCAAUUUAAUCAGAAUGUUUAUCUGAAUGUUAUAACUUAUUUUAUUUUAAGAGGUAAACACGCACUUAACAUAAUGUUUUUAAAAGUCUUACAUGCUUAUGAGUUAUAUUUAUUAUUGAGUUAUAAGCCGUAGUGGUCUAGCUUAUUUUUCUUUUUUUUAAAUAAUUUAUUUAGUUGCAAACCAAAUAUUCAGGUAUAAAUUUUGCUACCAAUAGCGAAAUUUUUUCAGCUAUAACGUAAAAACUGGCAGAUACGACAGCUGAUGAUUAUCACAUAAUUAAUGACCGAAUGGUAUGAGCUUUACAAAUUUCAUUUUUCUACAAACAUCUUCCAACUUUAGAGCUUUCUGGGAAAUAUAUUUAGUGGACGUGUAACAGUUAGUAAAUUGAUAAUUCUAAACAGUACUUCCUUUCCUUCUAAAAUUUUUCUAGUGAUUAAAAUAUUAUUAGCAAUUGUUGGAAUUUUGAUUACCUAAGUUUAAAUUAUUUAUCCAGUUAUAUUAUUAUGAGCAAAUCAUCUAAAUCAACGAUGCUAAAUUAAGAAUAAAAUUAUUAAAACACAUUCCUUAAUUAUAAUAUAAUAAUGAUGAAUCACAUGACUAAUUAAUAACAACUGUAAUUUCUAACAAUAAAAGUUUUCUGUUAAUUGCGAAAAAAAUUUCCGGCUAUGUUGCUCAAAGUCAUUUAUUUAAGAAAAUUAUAAAAACUAUCAAAAUAACUUCUUUGCAAUUAUCCAAAAUAUCCAAAAUA